AUGAAUGGAACUUUUGAAUCAACCAGUAAAGGUGAGUGAAAUUUUUUUCGGAUUUCUAAUUUUAAUUUGAAAUUAAAAAUCAGUAUAGGUAUUUCAGAUGAGCACGACAUCACGUCAUCUACAAAAUUUACAAAUGUGAGUUUUCAAAUUGAAUUUUAUGGGCUGGUGUUUUUUAUUGAACAGUUUUUGUGGAAUUUUAAUUCAAUUUUUCUUGUGAAAAAGUUUCUAAUAGGGAUUUUUAAUUAAAAAAAUUAGAACAUGUUUCACUACCUGAAAGUUCAAGGUCCCAAAGCAUAAUUUUGUGAAUUUUCGCUUCAGGACCAAAAAAUACAGGUUUUAAUAGUCCAGAUGCAAGAAUCAUUAAAAUUGGCUCCAAAACUAAUAGAAUCACGAUUUUUCUGGUCUCGCAGAGAAAAUUUGUUAUUUUUUGCAUCGGGACCACAAAAAUAUCAAUUUUCAGGGUUCCGAAACGAAAAUUCAUCAAAAACACUGAUUUUCGCUUUGCUCUGCAGAUCAUUUUUUGUUAUAGUCACAAAUGUCGUAGGAAGCGUUGCGGUCAAGCGCUGCGUGUUUUAUUUUCAGAAAAAAAAAUUAAAAACACGCAGCGCUUGACCGCAGCGCGUACAACGACAUUUGUGCUUUUGGAUUCAAUUUUUUUGAUCUUUUUUUCUGAUUAGAGAGCACGUGUAAUUAUGAGAGAUCAGACAAAAAAUUUGUUUGAUUAUUUCAGCCGCAAAAUAUCAAACUAUAAAUUCUUUUCAUUUUCAGAUACAAUAUUUGGGAUGCUCACAACUUGUAAAUCAAAAUGACGAUAAAGAAAUGAAAGCGCUAAUGAAGGUUAGUUCAUCGAACUACAGCCAUUUUUUGCAUCUUUUUUUUUGCUCCUCCCCCCAGACCACCACCAAAAAGCCGCACAAUUUAACAGGGUUUAGUUUAGUCGUUUUUUUCUCCAUUUUUCUCGUAUUCCUACACAGCCUUCCAAUUUUUUUAGGUGCUGGAUGAACAAAAAGGAAUCAAUCCUGUGAAAGUUACACUAAUUGUUCCACAUAGUGUUACUGGGACGGUGAAGUGAGUUAAUUUUGUAUUUUUUUUGUUAAAUAGAGAAAUUUUUCAGAUUGAUCGACGCAAACGGCACAAUUCUAUCAUCAUUUCCAAUUGUGAAUAUUCGGUUUUGUAUUCGUGGUGACGUCACAACAUCGCAAAUCAAUUGUUUUGGAAUUUCUUUUACCCAUAAAGGAAGCAAUCCGUGAGUUUUCUAAAGGGAAAAAUUUUGAGAAAUGGAAAGAGUUGGAAAAUUAGUUUCAUUAGGGAGCAUUUUUCAACCGGCUAAAACUGAGGUUCAAAAAUCAUGCAUUUGAGUUUCAAAAGUGAUACAAAUAUGUUUAAAAAAAAAAACCAGGUAUCAAAAAGUAAUAGAAAGUUUUGUACGUCUGAAAAUUCUUGAAACUUCAAAAUCUAAUUUUUUUUAAUGAAACGGCUAGAAUUCUUAAUUUUUUUAAGAAAAAUAUUUAAAGCCAUUUGAGAUUUUUUACAUCUACAGCUUCUGAAUAUUCUACCAAUUUUCCAUUUUAUUUUAAAAUCCACAUAUUCACGGUGUUUCAAAAAAAAACACUAGAAAAAUCCAUUUUUGAUGAUUUUAUGAAAUAUAUUUGUUCACAAAAAACAUGUUUGGAUUAGCAAAAAUCAAAUUUUGAAAUUUUUGUUGAGUAUAAACAUAUUUUGAAAUUAAAUAGUUUUAACUGUUGCGUGAAAUUUUCUAAAAAUUAUCUCUGAUGAUUUUUUUUCAAUUUUUUAACCUCUUUUCAGUUCCAAUAUGUCAAAUAAGCUCUUUCAUUCAAAUUCAGAAAAAAAAAACAAAUAUUCCAUAUUCCUUUCUCUUUUGAAAACGAUUUUUGAUCUUCCCUCUCCAAAAAAACAUCCAAAAAAGUAUAAUCCAAUUUUUGCAGCGAGCCAAGCACCCCACCAAGUUCAUCACAUCAGUGCCACGUUUUUCGAGCGCCAAAACCUGAAAUCGUAUGUGUUUUUUUCUUUUUGUUGUUCUAAAAACAACAAAUACACUGGCAAAGAAAAAAUAACAAGCCAAUAACAUAUUAUUUUUUUUAUCAGGCUGCUCGAGCAUUGUAUUGUUUUUCACAUGCGUUUUCGAACAAAAAACCAAUGGAAGCGAAUAAUCAUCGAUUAGAAUUCACUUUUGAGAGUGCUCUUGAAAUCAGGGUUGGUUUUUUUUGGAGUUUGGAAAAUAUGUGUGACGUCAUACACUGGAAAAUUUCAAGAAAAGGUUUUUUGUGUGUAACUAUUCUCCAAAUUUUUUCAAUCAACAUCUUUCUAGUUAUCCUAACUUCAUCCCAUCUCAAACCCUCAAUUUUCCAGGAAAACGAUGGAACUGUACAAAAUCCCCAAUGGAAACUAUGCCCUUUACACAAUGGAGUGUUCAAAUUGCGACGAGAUCGAGCCAAAAAAUUAAUUAUUCAAUUAAAACAGACAAGCGGGUUUCUAUUAAAUGUGACAAAAUGUUUUGGAAUGUUAUUAGCUGCUGGUAGAAAUUUACGACAUUCGGAUCUUCAAUUAUUGGAAAUGGAGAAAAAUGCGUUUGGUGAGAAUUUUUUGAUCUGAAAUAAGCGAGAAUCAUUUUUUUCAGAGCCAGAAUCAACAAUUUUCGUGAUUGAAGCCAAUUGGGAUCCUCGUGUCAAUAUGUUUGAAGUGUUGAACACUGAAACGCCUCGAGGUUUGCCGCCCCAAUUCUUUCCUCACAUAUUUUUUCAUUUUUUUAGAGACGCGUGUCUUCAUGACAGUCGCAAUUGAUGUUAUCGUUGCUGAAGUCAGUGAACCUAUUCGUUUUUCAAUGGAAUCUAUGUCACGCGUUUUUCAUGAACAUGAGAGAUUUUAUAAGACUCCGAGAUCUAUUGUUUCCGAAGGUUUUACUUUGGUUUUAGAGGUUUGUAGAAUUUUUUGAAAAAUCAAUAACUUUGAAUUUAAUUUUCAUGGGCCAUGAAAAUUAAAUUGAAUAAAAUAUCGUAAAAUCAAAAGAUCUUGGACAAAUAUUUUUUUGUAUUCUUGUUUUCACAUUAGUUUUUUUUGCAUACGAAAAAAAAUACUGGAAAUUUUCUUGAACACUUUUUUUGGCCCAUAAGAAAUUGAUUUUCAAGAAUGUUUAAAAGCGAAAGUUAUUGGCCUAAUUUUUCUCUUACUUAUGAACAAUUUGUUUAUUUUUAAGGCGCCUGGAUAGCUAUUUUUUUGAGCUCUGAACUUUGAUCCGGAAUUUAUAGAAGAUGGGACCUCAAUAUUUUAAAACAAAUGUGAUCUCAUUAAUCAUCACCGAAAUGAAAAAAAGCAUAUUUUUUUCCUUUUUUGUGUGGUCCCAUUCUAAGCAAAUUUCAUUUUUCAAUUGUUCUAUAGUCACAUUUUCACAAACUUUUAGCAUAGGUAAAUGCAUUUAAGUCACGCCCACUUUAGAAAUUUUGAAAAUCUUUUUUAACCCAACUCAAUUGGUUCUAAAAUAGUCAAAUGAAGUGCCAACGCACUUUUUAUCUUUAAAAAUUUUACGACCCUUUUCCCCGUUCUAUUUUUUUUUCGACAAACACAUAUAAACACAGAAAAAAAGCGAAACACAUAAAAAUUGAAAAAAAAAUCGACCACAAGCCCCCCAAAAAAAUCAGUUGUUAUUGGACGAAUAAUUCGAGCUCACACAUCUCUAACCGUCUCACUUUCUCUAGUUUCUCUAGUUUUGUCCCUUUCCAAUUUCUUUUUUUUUCUUUUCCUCCCGCACGCGCUCUCUCCGCAUUUUCUUUUCUUAUAUAUUUACUCUCGAUAUUUCUGUUCACCAUAUAGUUUUUUUUUGUUUUUGUGCGUGCGCAAAACAACUUCCUUUUUCAGAAAGGCAACGAAGGUGGCGAUAAUCAGAAAUUGGUGUUUAUUUCGUUGGAAUCGGAGAGUGAUCGGAAGCGAUUGAAACAGAAUCUUGGACGAAGCCCGUCAAGAAUGCCAACACAACUUUUACAUCCAACUGGCGAAGAUGAGUCAGGUUUGUUUAUUUAAAUUUUUUGAUUGGACAUUUAAGAAGGGGCAGCAGCUGAAAUUGCUUUUCUGAAAGGGUAUAAAGGUUUUAUGAAAAAAGAAAGAUUCAAAAAUAGAACAGCUGAAAAUUAUUUCAAACUAUAUACACGUAUUUCAGUUAAAGAUUUUAAAGGUGCAGUACGAAAUUAACAUGAGUUAUGCUCAUUUGAAAGAGCAUUUUCUAAUUAAUACAAUCCUCAAAAGAUUUUUUCUGGAAGCUUUUCAGAAAUUGAUUAAAAAAAUUGUGAAGUUCGAAAAAAAGUUAUUUUUUUCCAGAUUGCGAUGAGCCAUUGUUAUCAGGAUCUGGAAUUGUGUCACAAGAUUGUGGAGAAGAAGUGAUGAAAAAAUGGGAUGAAUGUAUUGAAACUUGGAAAACAUUGGAAGAAGGCCGACCGGAGCCAGUUUCCCAACUGAUUUUGAAUGGAAUUCCUGAUCAACUUCGUGGACAAGUUUGGCAAUUAUUAUCGAAGGUGAGGGAUUUUUUUUUAAAUUGAAAUUAUAAUGGAAAAAAUCGAUAACUCAAAGGGGUAUCUUGAUUUGUAAAAAAAAAGUAGAAUUUAAAAAAUUUUCGGAAACCUAAAUGUAAGAACAUAUUUUUGGAAUCAUCGAAAUUAGAUAUGACAUUAUUAUUUUAAAAAAUCAUAUUUCAAAUAUCAAAAACUUCCACUGAUUUCUCUGAUCUACACCUCACCUCACAUUCAGUCAGUUUUUUAUUCCAGGCCGACAAAUGUCAAGAUAUAAUUGAUGCCUAUACAUCACUUCUAUUGAAAGAAUGCCCAUCGGAACAAGUUAUAAUGCGAGACAUUCAUCGAACUUUCCCGGCUCAUGAUCAUUUCAAACAAUCUGGUGGUGAAGGUCAAGAAGCGCUGUAUAAAAUUAGUAAAGUGAGAUUUUCUUGGUAGAAUUUUUAAAGAAAAAAAAUGAACCGAAAAUUUUCAGGCUUAUUCGCUGUAUGAUGAAGAAGUUUCAUAUUGUCAGGGGUUAUCAUUUUUGGCUGCCAGUUUAUUGUUACAUGUGAGUUUUUUGAAUGAAUUUUCACGGAUUUUCAGAAGGUUAUACUCAAAUCUUUUGCAGAUGCCUGAAGAGCAAGCUUUCUGUACACUUGUAAAAAUAAUGUUCGACUAUGGGCUCCGAGAUUUAUUCAAACUCGGAUUCGACAAUCUCCACCUCCGAUUCUACCAACUUACCUCAUUGCUAAAAGAUUAUCUUCCUGAUCUCCAUCAACAUCUCGAACUAAUUGGAAUCGAAACUCAUAUGUAUGCAUCACAAUGGUUCCUCACUUUGUUCACCGCGAAGUUCCCGCUUCAAAUGGUUUUUUUCAUCCUCGAUUUAUUUUUGUGUGAAGGAAUGAACACAAUAUUUCACAUUUCAUUGGCUUUAUUACAAGAUGCUCGAACUGAUUUAUUACAAUUGGAUUUCGAAGGAACAUUGAAAUAUUUUCGAGUUUCAUUGCCUCGAAAAUAUCGAACUGAAGCAUCAACCAAAUCACUUAUCCAAAAAGCUGUUAAUUUUAAAUUAAAGCACAAACGAUUGGAUAAAUAUGAGAAGGAUUAUAUUGAAAUGAAAGAGCGUGAAAGAGAAAAUGAGGAUCCGAUUCUACGAUUGGAGAAAGAGAAUAGUCGACAUGUUGCGAAUAUGAUGAGACUUGAACGGGAGAAUGAUGAUUUGGCUCAUGAAUUGGUGACGAGCAAAAUUGAAUUACGUAGAAAAUUGGAUCUUGUUGAGGUAUUUUUUUAUAGUUGGAAUUGGGAAGAGGGGUAUUUGAAACUAGGCACCUUUAGAGUUUAUAAUUUUUACUGAAAAUCAAAAAAGUUACUCUAACUUCACAUCUCAAUUAUUUUAGGAUCAACUCGAAACAUCAGCAAAUACAAUCGAACGACUUACUCGACAAAAUAAAGAUAUCCUUGAAGAAAAUCGAAAUUUGAUGAGAGAAUAUGAGCAAAUCAAAGAAAUGUAUCGACGAGAUGUGAAUGAACUCGAAGGAAAUCGAACGAGAGCCGAAAAAUUGUUGGGAGAAUAUAAGAAUUUGUUCUCGGAGAAGAGUCGAAGAUCGGAGUUGGAUAAGGAUAAUUUUGAAGCGCAGAAACGCGCGAUUGUGGUGAGAAAUUUUUAAUUUUUUCAACUUCAAACCCAUCUUGAUUGCUUUUAGGCUCGAAUUUCUAACUGUGACAAAUGCUGGCCGGCCGUCGAAGAAUGGGAGAAAAAUCGAAGCCCGGUUCAUGCUGGAACUCCAACCUCUUGCCCAGAUCUUUUGACAAAACUUGAAGAGCGGGAAGAUCAUAUCAAGUGAGAUCUCUGACUGACCGAGAUUUCAAAAUCAAAAAAAAUAUUUUUCAGGACACUGGAAAUCAACUUGGCUCAAACCAAGCUCGAACUCGUUGAAGCUGAAUGUCGAAAUCAAGAGCUCACCCAUCAAUUGAUGACGCAAAGCGAGAGUGAUGGCAAAAAGUGAGUUUUUUUCUGUAGAAUUUCUUGAAACUGAACUUCAUUUUGUUUUCAGAUGGUUCAAAAAAACAAUGACACAACUCCGAGAAGUUGGCUCAUCACUCAAACAACAUGAAAGAUCAAAUUCAUCGGUAGCCCUAUAA